AUGUUAUUGUCGCGCAGACCGGGUGUGGUGGUGACAGAGCUACACCGUACUGCCGGCUACACAGAGGCGGAGUACGCAAGCUUUCUUAUGCGUGCUCGAUCAAAUAACCUGGUAGGCGCAACGGGUGAGGCCGACGAUAUUGCUCAUGCUAUUGCCUUCCUCGCUGCUCCCGCUACUGCCUCUUUCAUCACCGGUGAGACGAUCUUUGUCGACGGAGGAUGGUCGAAAAUGUGCCCGCGUUAG